AUAUGUCAUUCACAUUGCAUUCAAAUCUAUUAAUGUCUUUUGGCUCCAUGAUAUUCAUCUCGGCUUAUGUUAAAAGUCGAUUAGUGAUUCAGGCGAUUAAUCGUAUCUCGAACGUUUCUUGUGUAGUAUCUCCAGAAAUUUUUCGCGAAAUAGCUAGAAACAUUUUCAUCAAAGAUACAUUGCUUUUGACACCAUUGCUAAUAUUCUUUCCGCGCAUUGUCGAAAAAGAUCAUAUUCUUCGUUUCAUGUGUUGGUGCAAUUUCGUCGGUCCGUUUAUGCUAAUUAUCUUGUAUAUGAACAAUGUGUACGUGCUAAAUAUCUGUUUCAAGUAUAUAAAUGAUUCUCUGGUGAAAGUGAAGGAAAUUUUGAUCAACGACGAGCCUCAUCUACUUAGGAGAGUCUAUCACAUGCAGAAGAAUCCAAUGCUGUUGACGAAGCUUAGGACCCUUAAGAAACAACAUUUAGAGAUGAGUGAAGUCGUUCAGCUACUAAACGACUCGUGUAGCACGCAAAUCGAAUCGGUACUAUCAUUGUACUUUGUCGAUGUUACAUUCAACAUUUAUAAGUUUGUAGCAUUGUAUUCUGGAACGUUCGAAACGUUGUUUUCUGAAUCGUUCAUUUCUGUACUUUGCUACGCAAUUUUUUAUACUGCGCACAUAGUCGUCAUAAUUUCAAUCAUUGAAAUUACCAAGAGUCAAAUAAGGAAAAUUGGCUCCAACAUUCAUCAAGUUCUUGUACAUACUUUUGACGAACAGGUGACAACGGAGCUGGAGUUGUUUUCAUUGCAAGUAUUGCAAAAAGGCGCCACGUUCGCGAUGAAAGGACUGGUAAUUGAUGCGACCUUUUUAACAAAGAUGUCAUGCGGUAUUGCCACCUUUCUGUUAAUAUUAAUACAAUUCUUAUUCAUUGAACCUUGUUGAAAUAAAGCUUCGGUUAAAUGAGAUU